AAUAACUUGCGGCUGCAGGCAUUAAUGCAUAUUAUCGUUCAGGCUGCAAAUAUGAAGUCCUUGGAGCUUUGUUGUUUGGCUGGCGGGGCGGGAGUCGAAAAAGUUUUGGGAAAUGGCGUUAGAUCGGGGCGCGCGAAGGCCGUACUCCACAGCUUGUUACCUAUAUAUACAGAAGUUGACAUGAAUACGGUAUCAGUUUAGUCCUGCAGUAGAUUGAACCAAUCACACCAUCAUGAACUUCCUGGUAAGAUAUCUGAUUGAUAUUUGUAUAUAGCACAUACAACCCUUACUAGUAUAUCCUACGAACAAUUUCAUACCCUUUCAACACACUUUCAUGCAUUUUAAAAGAGAUCUAUAAAUAAAGUAAGUUGUAAGACAUAGUAAUUUGUUGAUGAGUCAUUUUGUUCCUCAAUCAUGGUGUCAGGGCAACGGAACCGAUAAAACAGUUUCUUUAUUUGUUUUAACCUUGUUUAAAAAGUUUUGCCUAUACGAGUAGAUGAACCACAAUUUAUGACAACUAACAAACGGUACUAUAGUUUUGAUAUAUUUAAUUGUGAAUGGUUUAAAUAUAAUUGUUUUUUUUUAUGGAAAAGAUGCACCUCAUGUUAAACUUAUUUGUUGCUAUAUGACGACACCGGUAGCGCGCAGCUAGUGCAUUUGAAGUAUGUGGGAGUAUGGAGUUGUAACUUUUAUCUGAUUUUGAGUAAUUAUAUCAAAUAUAGGAGCCAUUAUAGUGUUUAUUAUUUUACAUUUUACGUUAAAAAAUAUGUAUACUGGGAGUUAGAAACGCUGUCUGCUUUAAAAAAUCAAAAUCUUCGGAUUUAGUAGUCAUUCGUACAUCAAUAACUUUUUCAUAUACCACAAAGUAUGCUUCAACAAUUUUUUUAUUAUUUCUCGCAGUAUACUAACACAUUUAAUCAAACACGGACCUUCCCGAAACUAAUUCAAAUGUCAACGCACUGGCAUAAUAAAAUUAACCAUAUCUAUACAGCAUAUGGUCCUGGCCUGUACUCCAUACCCAAUCACUCACCCGUCCUUAAUUCAUAUACAACGUAAAAAUAUUCUGUCUUAAGUAAACCUGAGUUCCAAUUCACCUUAGAAGCUCAUUAUAUGUUUCAAACCAGAUUUAAAACAUAUGUCAAUACAUAAAAAUACUUCACAGGUGUCAUAAAUUCAGAUACGCGAGAUGCGUGUUUCAAAACACAUAAUCCUUUUCGCCGUAUUGGCAACUGUCGCCUGCGCAUCUGCCUCCCACUUGGGUCUUGGCCUUGGCUGGGGAGCAGGUAUUGGACACGGAGGCUGGGGAGCAGGUAUUGGACACGGAGGUUGGGGAGCAGGUAUUGGAGCUGGAGGAUGGGGUGGUCACGGAGGAUAUGGCGGUCACAACGCUCACUGGUUCCAUGGUGACCACGGACCAUCUGGAGUGACCAACGGACAUGGUGCUGCUGGACCCUCAGGAGUAGUCACUGGUGCCGGUGCUGCUGGACCUGCUGGUGUUGUCAACGGACACGGUGCCGUAGGUCCAACUGGACCCAACCACGGUGAUGAACACGGAGACCAGUCACAUCAUGAACUCCCUGAUUCUCUUCGCCGUUUUGGCAUCUGUUGCCUGCGCAUCUGCCUCCCACUUGGGUCUUGGCCUUGGCUGGGGAGCAGGUAUUGGACACGGAGGCUGGGGAGCAGGUAUUGGAGCUGGAGGAUGGGGUGGUCACGGAGGAUAUGGCGGUCACAACGCUCACUGGUUCCAUGGUGACCACGGACCAUCUGGAGUGACCAACGGACACGGUGCUGCUGGACCCUCUGGAGUAGUCACCGGACACGGAGCUGCUGGACCCUCUGGUGUUGUCAACGGACAUGGUGCCGUAGGACCAACUGGACCCAACCACGGUGAUGAACACGGAGACUGGGGUCACGGUUGGGGACAUGGCGGAUAUGGUCAUCAUGGCUGGUGAAACUGCAGAAUCUAUUUAUUACCGUUUUUGUAUAAAAAUUUGUAAAUAAUGUGCGUGUUAAAUAAAGGCGAAUGAGUAUUACGAAAUUUGUGUUUCAAUUAAUUAUGGUUUUCUAUGGAUUCAUAUAUAUCCAUAUGUUGACGGAUGCAAAAUCGGCAAACUUAGGCAUGUUAUAAGACCUUUCAG